AUGCCUGUUCCGUUCGUACGCCACUCUGAAGUCGACGUUCUCAUUAUUGGCGCUGGCCCUGGUGGGCUCAUGUGCGCGACUGCUCUGGCAAAUGCGAGAGUGAAUGUUCGGAUCGUCGAUCAAAAGGCUGUCAAGCUAACUACUGGUGAGGGUGAUGGACUUUCACCUCGCACUAUCGAAGUUUUGCAGAGUUAUGGACUUGCAGAGCGCCUUCUAAGGGAGUCUUGCCAAGUCCAUCUAGCGGCCUUCUACAACCCUUCUUCGACCGGCGAUAUUGAGCUUACCAACAGAACAACAAACGUGACAGCUCCGUCUGCAAGAUACCCAUUCGAGGUUGCGCUCCAUCAAGGAGCCAUUCAAGAUAUUUUCAUAGAUUCCAUGACACCGCUCGGCGUUAAGGUUGAACAAUCGACGAUACCAACUUCGAUAGAGAUCUCCCAGGAUGAAAACGAGUUGAAGGAUCCCACAUCAUAUCCAGUUCGCGUUGUGCUCCAAAGACUGGACGAAUCCGAGGAUGAACCACGAGAAGAAAUUGUCCGUGCUAAAUUUGUUGUCGGUUGUGAUGGUGCUCAUUCAUGGGUCCGUAAACAAGUCAAUAUUACGAUGGAUGGAGAACAGUCUGAUGCCAUCUGGGGUGUCGUGGACAUGAUCACGCCUGAUACCGACUUCCCGGAUCUCAGGAAUAAGGCCCUGGUACAUUCUAAUCAUGGCUCAGUUCUUCUCAUUCCUCGAGAACAAGAUCGCAUGCGCAUAUACGUACAACUGGAGGACAAAGAUCUCAUCAAUCCAGUGACAGGUAGGGUAGACAAGGAGAAAAUGGGUCCAGAGCAGAUUCUUGAAACUGCCCAAAAAUCGCUUGUGCCUUACAAGCUUAUCCGGAAGGGUGAAUUUUUGUGGUGGACAAUAUAUACCGUUGGACAACGAGUAGCCUCGAAGUUUUCCAUCAAAGAUCGAGUAUUUAUCACUGGCGAUGCUUGCCACACACACUCUCCGAAAGCAGGACAGGGGAUGAAUGCGAGUAUCAACGAUAGCCAUAAUCUAGCGUGGAAAAUUGCCCAAGUUGUUCGUGGGUGGGCAGACAUGCCCCUGUUGUCAACGUAUGAAUCAGAGCGCCGUAACUUCGCUUUAGACCUGAUCGCAUUUGAUAAAAUGUGGUCCACCCUUUUCUGUGGCAAGCCCUUAACUAAGCACAACAAUGAUGGGGUUUCGCCCGAAGAUUUCUUGAAGACUUUCCAAACAGACUUCACCAGUGGCAUCGGGAUACAAUAUCAACCUUCAGUUGCAGUAGAUCACAGAAACCAGGAGUUGGCUAGUGGUCUCGUCCUCGGUAAAUGCGUCCCUCCAUGCAAAUUCAUGCGUGCAGCAGACGCAUGGCCAUUCGAGCUCCAGGACCUUCUUCCUUCGGAUUUCCUCUUCAAAUUACUUGUUUUUACUGGUGAUUUCAGCGAUCCGCUUCAGCAAGCGAGGGUUGAGUCGAUGGUCACGGACAUGCAGAAACCUGAGAGCUUUCUGAACCGUUACGCGACGCAUGGGAACUCACGAUUCGACAUCAUCACGAUCAGCAAAGACCGGAAGGAAACAUUUAAUAUCUUUCGGCUCCCUACGCUUCUUCGCUCUCAUUGGUCAAAGGUGUUUAUUGAUGACACGGAUCCCACUGAUACCUUCGGGGGAGAAGGUUACUCGUAUUAUGGAGUGGGACCUGAGGGCGCUCUGGUUGCCGUUCGUCCUGAUGGCUAUGUUGGAGCCAUCGCGCCACUGGAUCACGUUGGGGACCUUGAUGCAUAUUUCGCGUCUUUCAUGAAAAUUUCCGCUUAG